AAAUACCGACGAAUGGAGUGUGAGUGUAGCUGAGCUCAGAUAUUGAGGUAAAAAGGAGUGGCCAUCAGAAGAAAAACCCUAAUCGUAAAAGCAAAAACCGGAUCUUGCUCUCGACGACGAUGGGACUACUCUCAAACCAAAUCUCCAGAGAGACAUUGAAGCCUGGAGAUCACAUCUACUCAUGGCGUAACGCUUAUAUCUACUCUCAUCACGGAAUCUAUGUAGGCGAUGAGAAAGUGAUACAUUUCACUCGUGGAGGUGGUCUGGAAACCGAAACCGGGACAUUCCUGGACAAGUUCAUCGCUAGUUCUGUUCCGAAUCAUGGAGGAGACAACCCGUGUCCUAAGUGUGGAGAUCAAUCCAAACUCGACGGUGUAAUCUCUUCUUGCCUUGAUUGCUUUCUCGCCGGAGGAAACCUCUAUCUCUUCGAGUACGGUGUCUCUCCAGCUUUCUUUGUCUCAAAACAACGAGGAGGCACUUGCACAACAGCACCUUCAGAUCCUCCUGAAGAAGUUAUUUUCCGUGCGAAAUUCCUCUUAUUGCGAAACGCUUUUGGUGCUUACAAUCUGUUUGAGAACAACUGUGAAGAUUUUGCCAUCUAUUGCAAAUCUGGUUUGGUUGUCAUGUCAAAUAUCAAGUUGGGAAGUAGUGGUCAAGCCAAUUCGGCGUCUAUAGCAAGGGAUGCUGUUUCUUCGACAUUGGGACUUCUUGGGGUGGUGAACGCUAGUGGUAGAGCAGCUUCGGUGGUUUCUUCAACACUUCGAUAUGUAGUUCCCAAUUUUGGUGCUGCUUUUGGUGGUCUGGUGUUGGUAGGGGGGUAUGGAAUAUAUAUAGGCGAUGAGAAAGUCAUUCAUUUCACUUGUGGAGGUGGUCUAGAAACUGGAACAGGGACCUUCUUGGACAAGAUCCUCGUUAGUGUAAUCCCGAAUCAUAAAGGAGACAAUCCUUGUCCUAAUUGUGGAGAGCGAUCGAAUGUCGAUGGUGUAAUCUCUUCUUGCCUUGACUGCUUUCUCUCCGGAGGAAACAUCUAUCUCUUUGAGUACAAUGUCUCUCCAGCUGCAUUUAUUGCCAAACCUCGACGCGGCACAUGCACAAUAGCACCUUCGGAUCCCUGUGAUGAAGUCAUUUCCCGCGCCAAAUACCUCUUAUUCCGAAAUGGGUUUGGUGAUUACCACGCUUUGGAAAAUAAUUGUGAAGAUUUUGCAAUAUAUUGUAAAACUAGCUUGCUAGUCGGAAAAAACUAUGUGUUGGGAAGGGGCGGUCAAGCCAGCUCGGUGAGUGCAGCUGCGUGGCUUGCGCAACUUAGUCCUUUCGGCAGCAAAGCUAUUCAGCUCUUUGCAGAUAUUGGUAUGAGAAAGGAUGCUAUUAAGGUGUCCGUGGAGAGCCUCGUUGCUCGCGCAUAUGCUACUGGUACCUCUAGAAAUAGAAGUUGAUGAGUUUGAAGACACAAGUCAAUAGGCGGGAAGGCCAAUUGGUUCGAAGAAACCAAACCCUAAGUUCAUUGACUAAGUCUUGUUUCCAUUUUAAUAAAGUUUCCAGAAUGUA